CUAAAUACUUUUUCUCAUCAUCAGCUAGAGCAGUCUUGUGACUUCUAUCAGUGUCCAGCAGCGCACUGGUUAAAGCUUGUAGGAGGAGUUUUCAUUUUCCCCUAUGAGGCUGCAGGACCCCUCAACCUCUGUCUGGACAGUGCUGAUAACAGUACUGAUUGGCCCUGUGCUGAUCACAUGCACUCUCCCAAGAACAAAAAAAAAAAAACUCUCUAGCAUUACACACCAAACUGAACAUGUGCAUCUUUCCCCCAAGGCUCUGUUCUAUCAGCAGAUGGAUGGGAGACAGUAGAAGAAGGGGAGUAUCAGAGAAGACAGGAUCAAACAUCCUUUUUACACAAUGCGGAGGAUUAACCCCUUAGGCUCCACAGUCAGUAUAACAAG